CCCGGCUCGACUCCCGCACCUGACGGACGCGGGUCCUCUAGGACCCUCGGGUCUUUUCAGUUGACGCUCCUCUAAGCGCCAGCUCGGCUCUGCGCGGAGGGGCCCAGGCGUCCGAACUUUGCACCCUUUUGCGCAGAGUGCUCCGGGACCGGGGGGACCGGCGAAACCGGCACACCGAGGCGGCCGGGCCCACGAGGCCCAGAGAGCGCUGCACCCGCAGCCAGCAGGAGGCCGGAGCGCAGACUGGCCAGCUCCUAGCUCAGCCCCUAGCUCAGCCCCGCCCCCGGGCGGUGCUACCCUGAGCCCCGCCCCCCGGGCGCAUUUCCGCUGAGCGGAACUCCAGGCGCGGGUUGAGGUUGCCUGCGGACCCGGCCUGCGGUCUCGGGCGAGGCCCCAUGAGCACGGCGCCCCUGGUGGGCUACAGCAGCAGCGACUCCGAGGAUGAGACCCAGACGGCCGUCGCCGGGCGGACCGGGCCGGCGACUAGGGGUCGCCGCUGUGGCCAGAGCCCCCUUCCCAAGGAGAGGUUUCCAGUACCUGACAGUGUACUGAACAUGUUCCCAGAUGACAGGCCUGAGGAUGACAGUGCCAAACACGGAGGACGCAUGCGUACUUUUCCCCAUGAGCGCGGCAACUGGGCCACCCAUGUCUAUGUACCAUAUGAAGCCGGCGAGGAGUUCCCGGACCUGCUUGAUGUGCUGCUGCCCCACGCCCAGACCUAUGUGCCCCGGCUCGUGAGGAUGGAGGCAUUCCACCUCAGCCUGUCUCAGAGUGUGGUUCUGCGCCACCACUGGAUCCUGCCUUUCAUGCAGGCUCUGAAAGACCGUAUGGCCUCCUUUGAAAGGUUCCUCUUUACUGCCAACCGGGUAAAGAUUUAUACCAAUCAAGAGAAAACUAGGACCUUUGUUGGGCUUGAGGUCACCUCAGGGCAUGAACAGUUCUUGGACUUGGUUUCAGAGGUGGACAGAGUCAUGGAGGAAUUUGACCUCACCACUUUCUACCAGGACCCCUCAUUCCACGUCAGUCUGGCCUGGUGCGUGGGUGACGCGUGUCUUCAGCUGGAAGGGCAUUGUCUGCAGGAACUACAGGAAAUCAUGGAUGAGUUUGAAGACUCAGAGAUGCUGUUGCGAGUGCAGGCCAAGCAGGUCCGCUGCAAGUCUGGGAACAAGUUCUUCUCCAUGCCCUUGAGGUGAACGCCAGAAGCUUUCCUUGCCCCAGGCCCGUCUGCAGGGCAAGGUCCGCCAGAGAUGGAGGAGUCUGCUGAAAUCCAUGGGG